AUGCCUACAGUUCCGAGAUUCAAGCGCGCAUUUUCGUUACUGUUGGAUUCCAAAAUAACGUUGGACUUCCUGUUGCCAAAUGGUUUAAUGCUGCCCUUAGAGCUGGACUCGGAUCUCACCUUGUUGGAAGCCAAAGAGGAACUGUGGCUCGCCUCCGCCAACGAGCCUUUGUUUGAUGUACUCCAGCCGAGUAACCAUUACAUAUUUUGCGGGCUCAAUCGUGAAACAGCAGAUGAGGAGGACUAUUACGACCAAUCCCUACGUUUGCGGGAACUUCCUCUUCUGCUGCCCUAUCUGCGAGUGGUUGAGGCAGCCAAAGAUACUGCAUUGCUUGAAAUUAAUAAACGAAACGCUACAAUCGCUAGCUGCAUCGGAAUCUCUCAUAUGGAUGUGGUGCGCGCUGGACGCUUGAAUCCAGAAGUCAAAUGGUCCAGAACACGGUUACAACGACUGGCUGAGGAGCACUGCAAAGCCCUGAACAGUACCGGCACAUUAGGAUUAGCUCGGUAUUUGACUGCCGCUCCACAAAAAGCUGUCAGCAGAUCACUAAGGGACCAAUUAGCCACUCUUCCGGUUCUGGAAAUUACAGCCUGGGUAUUGGAUGGAGACGAACAGGCCUGUCAAGAGCGAUCUAUCACGGCCUCUUUGGACCCGAAGGCGACUGUUUUGGACGCGUUGACCGAGCUGCUUAGCAUUCAAACCGAAUUAGCUCAAACCAGUUACGCUGCCGCAAUCCGCGAUCUGGGUGUUACCAUUCAAAUCCCGAACGCUUUUGACUACGCCUUGAAAGUAUGCUGUUCUCAGGUGUACCUUUUCGACUUGAAUGAAUCAUUGGUUUCCUACGAGUAUAUUCAAGAAUGUAUCGAACAAGGUCGCACUCCGUGCCUGAGUCCGGUGUUGCGUAAAGAUGUGUGCGAGACUUUGGCGUGUUCCUUGUCAGAUCCGAAUAGUGUGCGCGUCUCUACUGCAUUAGAUUCUGUGCAUGGGACGGAAUCAGAGAAACUUCCCAGUUUAAUCAUGCACGGUAUUCGCAAACCCCUUCGUUUAACGGGCACGCCUGAUUUGGCAAUCAAAGCUAACUCUCCAGUCGAAUCGGACGUGUAUCGAACGGUAGAACAACUGGUUCGAGAAUCGGACGACCAGUCCGUCACAUCCGAUCGCGAAUGGCCCGAGGCGACGCCUGUGACGGCCUAUCACUCGGUCUCGUCCGACAGCUCGUUAUCCGGUGGAUCUAUGGCCAUGUCCAAACGCGCCAAACCACCUCCGGUAUUCUCGCUUUGGGAAUUGAAUGGAUAUCUGAGUGUUAAAGUUUGUGCUGGUCAAUUUUUUUCCGAAACUCUGUCCCUAACUAGCUCGGGGCCUAGUUUGUCUUCAAUGUUGGGCAGUUCACCGUCAUUGAAUCGGUUGAAUGUUUCAGCCCAGGGCAGUUCGAUUGGCAACCAGAUCCAGGGGGCAUCAAGCGCGGCAACCNCGGCAACCUUCAACAGCGCGUUUCAAAGUGAUUAUGUUGUACGUGUGGGACUGUUCCACGGGACACAGUCACUCAUUGAAUUUCGCACCACAAGCGGUCGUUCGGGGCCGUAUUUCUCCUGGAACGAAUGGCUUUAUUUUCACAUGCAGCUGGCCGAUAUCCCACCGGCUGCUCGUCUUUGCGUAGCGCUAGUCAAGCUAGAACGGUCGGCUGAUCGGCGUUCCACAAAAACAUACGAGUAUCCCGUCGGUUGGGCCAAUCUGAACUUCUUCGAUCCUUCGGGUUAUAUGAUCUCAGGUGAUAUUACCCUACGCUUAUGGCCAGCCUCAUUGUUCCAGUCCACUGAGGAGCGAUUCAAUCGACUUCAUCCUUCCGGUACUGUAUUGGAGAACCCCAAUCCAGAUUUCUUGCUUCAAACAUGGCCUCGUCCCUUGCAUGUGAGCGUCGCAUUACAGCUGCUAGGCGCGAUGGGCUUGAAUGCAAGCGGAGCCACAGAACCGGGAUCAAUGCUGGGAUCCGCAGUGGCUGUGACACACAGUGGUCGCGGCGGAGCCAGUGGUGUGGCAGAUCCCUAUGUGAGAGAAUUGGCUGUUCGAAGUUUGCACACACUGGACGACUCAGAACUGAGCGACUAUUUGUUGCAAUUGGUUCAGGCACUGAAAGCGGAAGCCUAUUUGGACAAUGCGCUUUCGCGUUUCAUUCUGUAUCGUGCUUUGCACAAUCCGAUGCAAAUUGGUCUGCGAUUUUUCUGGCACUUACGCUCGGAAAUCCACUUGCCCGAUAUUCGAUUACGUUUUGGUCUUCUGUUGGAAGCGUUCUGUCUAGGCUGUGGGCCGUUGCUCACAUUCCUGGCUCGUCAAGUGACCACUUUGAAUCGUCUGGAAACGAUCAGCGCCCGUGUGAAAGAGAUGACGAGUGAGGAGGAUCAGCGUGUCCGUUUUCGUGACGAGAUAUCUCGACCGGAAGCCCGUCGGGAUUUGCAAUGGAUCCCCUGCCCUCUGUAUUUGCAUCAACGAUUGGGCAAGCUGUUAGUGGACAAGUGUGAUGUGAAACGGUCCAAAAAACGACCGUUAUGGUUGGUAUGGACUAACUCGGAUCGGCUGUCCGCCCAUCAUUAUCACACGUAUCAGCUGAUUUUCAAGCAUGGAGACGAUCUGCGUCAAGAUAUGCUCACUUUGAAUCUACUCCGAGUACGUUCCCAAGACUGUGAUGGAUCGUAUCUGGAAAGANGGAAAGAGGAGGGUAUGGACAUGUGUCUUGUACCGUACGCUUGUUUGGCCACCGGUCCGGAGAUGGGGCUCAUCGAAGCGGUACGCAACGCUCGCACUGUUAUGUCCAUACAGAAUGAUCGGCUUCGAGCUGCUCUGCAGAUUGAUUCAACACAACUAUAUAGGUGGCUGACGCAAGAACAAUAUGCUGCUCGUGAUGGACCGAUCCAAGGUGGAACCACUUACGAAAGAACUAUACGCAAUUUUACUCGGUCCUGUGCCGGUUAUUGUGUGGCCACAUUUGUUUUGGGUAUCCGGGAUCGCCACCCGGAUAACAUAAUGGUUGACACUAGUGGUCGACUUUUUCAUAUCGAUUUCGGUCACAUUUUGGACAACCGGAAGAAGAAAUUCGGUAUCACGCGAGAACGAGUGCCAUUUGUUUUGACCAAAGAUUUUAUCACAGUCAUAGCCAGAGGCAAUCCGGACGUGGUUCUUGGCGCCCCGGUCACCGCAACUGGUGGUGGAUCGAGCAAUGUGCAGUUUCAAGAAUUCACUCGCCUCUGUGAAAGAGCGUAUGUGAUGUUACGGAAGCAUUCGAAUUUGUUGCUCACCCUGUUCGCAAUGAUGUUACCCUCGGGGCUUCCGGAACUCACUUCUGUGUGCGAUUUGGACUAUGUGCGCAAGACAUUGGCCGUAGACAUGAGCGAUCAAGAAGCGUUGAAUUAUUUUCAUUCCAAAUUCAACGACGCCUACUAUGGAGCAUGGACAACUAAAUUUGACUGGCUUUCACAUUGGGUUAACACGUAA